AUGUUUUCCUGGGUCUUCCAACACCUCGAGCGCAAGCACGAGCGCCGAGGCAACUUCCAGAAAGCUCAACUAUACCGCGUCCGACAGUUCUCACAUCCUCCUGUUUCAGAACUGCGGAACAGCCCGGUAUGGAACCCGGUUGGAAAAUACCUGCAAGCCUGUUUUAACCUACGCUUCUGCGUACAGCGCGAGGUCUAUCUACAGGCCAGACAUGAUGAGCUGUAUGAGAAGCUGAAUAUAGACCCAUCUGCAGGAGAUACGUCUUGGUCUGUCACUGAGAUGCAAGCCCUAAAAAAGGCCCUCCAGUCAAUGCCAAAGGCCAUCUGGAAUCUGGAACGAGAAGCCCAGCGUCUCUUGAUUAUGAUUUAUGAUGAGCCUCUGGAGCGAAUGCUGUGUGCUCACCACAAACGGGAAGAUUGGUAUCUUUCAAAAUGGCUGCGCGCAGAAUGUACGCGGUCGGGAGGGUGUUGUGGACGGGCAUGCGGGUGCUGUGAAAGACAGAGAAAUGAGAUGCAUCCACAGUACAAAGGCCACUGCACUUCGAUGUGUUUAUGCUGUGAAAAGGCGAGAGGGUGCAGCAUUAUGAUCGAUAACUAUAAGAAUGAUGUGAUGAUCAUCGAUAUCUUUCAACCCGACUUCGACGAUGCCAGGUUAUCCUACGCAUAUAGCUGGAUAAAUGCCUAUGUUGUUGGGUUGGAUCCUGAGAUAUGA